AUGCUCUUUGGCGGACGCCUCAUCAUUGCGCCCAUAUCAGACCAGCCAGAGAGAAUACUCGACAUUGGCACCGGCACAGCCACACACGUUAUCGGCACAGACAUCUCGCCCAUCCAGCCGACUUGGUCAGUUCGUUGGUUUUUCUUUACCCCAUCCUUCCGCUCGUUUUCGUCUUCGUCUUCGCUUUUUUUUCUUUUCUCGGUCUCGCCAAACAUCUCCUUCGAGAUCGAUGACGCCGAAAGCGACUGGACAUUUAGACAGCGCUUCGAUCUCAUCCACUUCCAGAACCUCAACGGUGCCAUCCGUGACUGGCGUCGUCUGCUCUCGCAAAUAUACGACAAUUUGAUGCCAGGCGGAUAUGUCGAGGCCAAAGAAACUGAUGUGUACGCAACUUGCGACGACAACUCCAUUCCCGAAGACUGCCAUCUUCGCCAGUGGGAGUCCAACUGUAUCAAGGCAUGCAGUCUCAUCGGCCAGACCCUGACAGCCCCAGAGAACGUCAAGAAAUGGAUGAUUGAAGCUGGCUUUGUAGACGUCAAAGAGGAACAGUUUAAACUGCCCAUCAACCCCUGGCCAAAGGACCCAGAGCUUAAACUGGCCGGCCGGUACCAGCAAGUUCAGUAUUCCGAUGCUCUCCAGCCAUAUGCUCUUGGACUGCUCGUCGAGGUUCUCGGCUGGUCCAGAGAGGAGAUGGAACUCUUCCUGGUCGGCUUGAGAAAGGAUCUCGCCAACCGUGCAUUCCAUGGGUAUAACAUAGUGUAUGUCCUAACACUCAGUUUCUUCCCCCAUUCUUUUUUAUAUACCGUUUAG